GCGUUUCACCCGAAACCCGCUUCUUCCGCAUCGCCGGCCGUCGUCGGAUGCAUUUUUCUCGAAGUAGCCGGCGCUCGCGCUGAAUAACGAUAGGGACUUUAAUGACUUUUGUCGCUUCCGAAUUAGGAGGAUCAGCCGGUGCCGUGGUGGCGUCUAGACUGAGCGACAUACCCGAAUGGAAAGUUUUGUUGCUAGAAGCCGGCCCCGACGAGCCACCGGGUGCCCAGGUUCCCAGUAUGGUGGCGAUGUUUCUGGGAACUGACAUUGACUGGCAGUAUCAAACCACGAACGAGAUGAACGCUUGUCUGUCAACCAACGGGUCCUGCAGUUGGCCGCGCGGUAAAAAUCUCGGCGGGACGUCCGUCCACAAUGGUAUGAUGUAUAACCGGGGCCACCCGAAAGAUUUUGACAAUUGGGCGGCCAUGGGCAAUCACGGAUGGAGCUGGCGUGAUGUUCUGCCGUACUUUAUGUGCUCGGAGAACAAUACAGAGAUCCACCGAGUCGGUCGCAAGUACCAUGGGACCGGUGGUAUGUUAACCGUCGAACGGUUCCCGUGGAAGCCUCCGAUAGCGAACGACAUCCUCGAUGCGGCGGCCGAAAGAGGAUAUCCGAUUAGCGAGGACCUGAAUGGAGAUCAGUUUACGGGAUUUACCGUGGCUCAAACCACAAGUAGAGACGGUGUUCGAGUGAGCAGCGCCUCGGCGUUCAUCCGACCGAUACGAAAACGGAAGAAUUUGAAUGUCGCUCUGAAUGCCACCGCCACGAAGAUCAUCAUCGAAAAUGGCAAAGCCGUUGGAGUCCAAUAUUAUCAAGAUGGUGAACUUCGAGUUGCCCGCGCCACAAAGGAGGUAAUCGCCUCCGGUGGUGCCGUAAAUUCGCCUCAACUGUUGCUACUCUCCGGAAUCGGGCCGAAGGAACAUCUGCAGGCGGUGAACGUCACAGUCGUCAGGGAUCUCCCAGGUGUUGGGCAGAACCUACAUAAUCACGCGUCGUAUACCUUAUCGUGGACCACCAAUCAGCCGAACCUGUUCGAUCUAACCUGGGCGUCCGCCGCGGAAUACAUCGCCUUCCAGAAGGGACCGAUGGCGUCGACGGGUCUAUCGCAAUUGACCGGGAUGCUACCGUCGAUCUACACAACCCCGGACCACCCCGACAUUCAGAUAUUCUUCGGCGGUUAUCAGGCCGCCUGCGCGACCACUGGCGAAGUAGGUGCCCUCAUGAAUAACAACGGCCGCAGUAUCAGCAUGUCGCCGACGAUGACGCAUCCGCGUAGCAAAGGAAGGUUACUUCUCGCUAGUAACAAUCCUCUCGAGAAGCCGAUCAUCUGGGGCAACUACCUGAGCGAUCCUAUGGACGUGGCGGUCCUCGUGGAGGGCAUCGAGAUCGCGCUGUCGCUCGCCAAUACCAGUGCCAUGGCCAAGUACAACAUGACUUUAAACCACAGCCCGUUGCAAGCGUGCUCUCAGUAUGCCUUCAUGAGCCAGGAAUAUUGGGCCUGUGCCGUGCGCCAGGACACCGGCCCGGAAAAUCAUCAGGCAGGUUCCUGCAAGAUGGGCCCGCACGACGAUCCCAUGGCUGUGGUAGACAAUCGAUUGAGGGUAUACGGCAUCAGGAAUCUUCGCGUGGCCGAUGCAUCUAUUAUGCCGCAGGUAACGUCCAGCAACACGGCGGCCCCGUCCAUGAUGAUUGGCGAAAAGGCGGCCGCGUUCAUCAAGUCCGACUGGGGCGCUGCCGGUACACAAUGUUCACGCACGACAAUCGACAGUACGCUGGACCUGUUACUUUGGGGGAUCAAGUACAUCGACUGGGAUCAGGCUAUAUGGUAGCCGGGCUCCACGAUCUAUCUAGUCUCUUAUCGCAUCCAUCAAUGCGUUUUCCGCAGCCUAAGAAAGUCGGCGAGAACGCGACCAAAGGCGAGGACUCUGGAAGAUCCCCGAUAGGCUGCGAGUUCCUUUCUCCUCGGUAUGGCCGCGCGAUCAAGCCGGCCCUGGCAUCUCGCUCGAUCGCUCGAGCGCUACGUUUAGACUCGGAAUUAUGCCACAAUGUGCAAUUAUUGUUACUAAGUGUAGAAAGCCGUGCGACUGAGGAGUCAGUCGUCGUCUCACUGCACCGCCAUGUCUUAAUUUCCAUUUAGGAAUUUCCUAAGAUAAGAUUGCGCGCAUCGUGGGCGGCGCGGCUGUCGCGAGAUCUAUCGAUCGUCGAUGCCGAUGAGCGCAAAUCUCCGUACAAUUUAUGGGUAUUGUUACUAUUAUCGUUAACUCCUUAAACAAAGCUACAAUUUCCUAUUGUUUAGUUAUUGUACUGCACCAAGUUUAGAAUUAUGAAAAAAUUUAGAUGUAUAUAUUAUGCUAAUAAUCUCUUUUGAUUAUCGCGUUUCGUAGUAGCUUUUCAAUAGCCGUGGCAUAUAAUAUAUCACCCAUCACAUGGAUGUCCUAUUGAAAUGAUGACCAAAGACAGAUUCUGGUAUCUGGUUAUAUCAACCGCCAAAAAAUAUAGUAAUUAAUUGUUAACAGAGAAAUAUGUAAAAAAAAUGAAAUGAAUUAUAAAUAUGGAUAGCUCGAUCGCUCGCAGAGUGUCCGAGUGUAAAUCAAAAUAUUGUAAAUAAACAAGAUUGCAUAAUAGCAAAUA